CUCGGACGCCACUCGCACGCCUCGAUGGUCUCACUACCGCUGCUCGUCAUUGUGAUCGUGGGCCAAGUUGCCGGCGCACCGCAAGGCCUCGGCAGUGUCCUGCAAGGUGUCAUCAACGACGUCAAGCACUCGGUUGCCGGCGUCCGCUACGUAUUUGAAAGUCUUGUCGACGCUGAGCCUGUCACAGGUUUUUGCUCGCCCGAAGCUCUUCGCGCCUUCGACGACGCACUCGCAUCCGGCGCCCUCGAGCGUCGCACGGCAUAUCCCACUGGCAUUUUGGAGCUCACGGGUCCCACGCUGUCAACGAUUGACGGACCCGCGUUCUUAAAGCGCCAAGACGCGUUCCUCAACGCCCUCUCUGGCGCAGCGCUCUCUACGUACCAGCCACGCAUCCAACGGCGCAUCCAGGAAGACCAUGCGACGUGGGCAGCCCGGGGUAGCACCUUCUCGCUCGCGCUCUACGCCAAAACCUCGACGUUCAAAGUCUUCUUGGAUGUAGUCUACGGCAUUGACGACCCUGAGAAAUACACGGGCCACCGUGCACAACUCGACGAAUAUCUCUUUUACUUGAGCAAGACGAGCAGCCGCGCCCCGUCCGACGCCGCCAAGAUUCGCGAGCACCUCCUCGCGGCGAUUGUACGCCCGGCCAUUGCAUCGAGCUUGGCUCGCGUUCGCAGCGGCGCGCCGCUGACGUGCGUCCUUGACACUGUCGUGGCGCAGGGUACUGUCUCCGAGGCCGACUUGGCCCUUGAAAGCUUUCAGCUCUUGGCGAUGGGCCUGCCGGGGCUCGAAGGUCUCGUCGUGCACACGAUCACGGCCAUGGUGAGCCUCGACGACGUCCGCGGCCAAAUGGCGACGGCACGGGACGCAUACACGGCCAAGUACCCCGGCGGCGCAUUUUGGAGCCAUCUCGACGACCUCGACGCCGUCAACCAGUACGUGAACGAAGUGCAGCGCGUCUGCGGUGCCAGCCCGCGUCACACGUUUGCCCGUGCGACCAAGGACUUCUCGGUUCCUAGCGGCAGCGGCGCGACGGUCGCUGUGCCCAAGAACCGCCUCACAGUGGUGCUGCUCGACUGCAUCAACAACGACCCCAAGCGGUGGCCGUCGCCAGAACAGUUUCAACCGGCGCGCUUUGCGGCGGCCAACACGUCAGCCUAUGGAUUUGCACCGUUUGCGAUCGACGACCUCGUGCACCGAGCCGAGGGGCGCCGCGAAGGGCUCUCGCGCCUCAUUUUGCAGUCGCACGUGGUCUCGCUGCUUGACUUUGUCGCAGUCAUGGCGCCGCUGCAGUCGUUCGCACUGGGCGACGGCGUGAACCCACUGCCAAUCGACUUGCUCACCACCGUGAGCUUCCGCUACGUUCCGGGCGUCGUCCAAGGUGACAUAGACGCGUGGCGCCGGCUGCAUCAUCCCAGCGCCAAGCUCUACAACGGGUCGCUUGAGAACCCUUUGCUGGCGGCGUCGGACAAGCGUCUCGACUUUUGGACGCACUCUAUGAUCCAGCUCUUCAACGUCCGGUUUGAGACGUGGGUGACGCCAACGGCCGCGGCAUCCAUCAAGGUGCCGACAACACAAAAGAAUCUACCGAAACGCACGCUCUACGGCACGUCGAUCCAGAUUCCCACCGAGGACGAAGACGUUGCGAUCCCCAAGGUCAUUCUCGAAAGCGCCAAGCUCCUCCAGGACACGGCGCCGUUUGUCGACAACUUUGACGCCAAGUGGGCGCCUGGCGAAGACAUGGAGGGUUGCGUCCUGAGCAAAGUCGGUCGCAUGUGGCCCCGCGUCCGUGUGCACUGGGACGACCGGUACUCGGACCGCGCGCUCGAGCUCCUCGUCUUCAACGGUCUCGGUCAGCACAUGGUGCAGAAGCUCGCCACCGCGCACGACGACGGCUCGUACUACACGGUGGCGACGAACUAUUUGGCGUCGAUCGAAGUUCGCACCGGGUACGCGAUCACGGGGGCCGACGCCUUCUUUGACAAAAACGGCAAAGUCACCAAGAUCGUUCGACUCGGCAAGACGAUCCGCCCCAUCGAUGCGUCGUGGGAGUACGUCAAAAUGUGCUUUCGCUCGAGCUUGGUGAGCAAAAUCACUGCUGUCGACCACCUCAUUGGCCUCCACGUUACCGUUGGCAACUACAUGACGACGGGGUCCCGCGAGCAGCUGCCACCGACGCACCCGCUCCGUCGCCUCAUCAAACCAUUCACGUUCCGCGCUGUCGCCAUCAACUACGACGCAUCAAUUGCUCUCUUUGCGCCCAAAGGCAUGCUUCACCGCGCAUUCCCGUACACGGAGAAGGGGCUCAAGGACACGUGGGCCAUGGCCCUCAAGAGCCUCACCUUGGAGCCGUUCCCAGUCCAUCUGGCGCGACAACAAGUCGACACGAUCACGCUGCCGUACCACGAAGACGGCGCCGACUACUGGGAGAUCGUGCGUACGUUUGUGAGCGAGUACCUCGACUUGUACUACACGAGCAACGACGACGUGACGCACGACGUGUCGAUUCAAGCGCUGUGGACGUUCCUCAACAAGCAGUUGCCGACGCCACUCGGCGUUCUGAGCUUGGACAACCUCAAGGACGUUGUCGCGCACAGCAUCUUUUUGGUCACGGCCAUGCAUAACCACCUCGGCGGCAUUGCCGAGUACGUCUCGGACCCGGCGUUCUGCCCCGUGUCGUGGGUCGAAGGCGAGCUCUCGGGACGCCCCGGGAACGCUGUGCGGGCCGCUCUCAUCAUGAGCGGCACUGGAUUUCCGCAGCCCAACAUUUUGGAAGACUUUUCCCACGUGCUUUUGGACGACGCUGCCAAGGCCGUCGCCCACCGCUUCACGGCGUCGUUGCAGGCGUUUGUACAUGUCGUCGAGGCGCGCAACGCUCAGCGAAUCCACCCGUAUCAAGCUUUCAACCCCGCGGUCAUGGACAUGGCCAUUGGGAUUUAGAGACAUCACUGUCGUGGGUGUGUCAUGAUGAGUUCAAUAAGACUAAAAUAAAUACGGCUAGCACCAUGUAAAA